CUGUCUGCACAUUGUUCGUCGUAUAUCGAUUCUUCAGUGAUGUCCAGAAAGCGGGUGUACAAAGAAGAAUUCCUUGGCACUGGAUUUACGUGUCUCAUCGAUCAUGGUACCGAAAAACCUCAGUGUGUUGUAUGUGGGGAAGUGCUCAGCCACGAGUCGCUUAAAGAAAAUAAGCUUAAGCGCCAUCUCCAGGGAAAACACCCAGCUCUGGCAGGGAAAGAUCUUGAGUAUUUCAAGAGAAAAGAAGAACAACUGAAGCGUCAGCGGUUAGACAACCCUAGGCACACAGGAGUGUAUUCUGUUCAACAAGCCACACUUGCAUCAUAUCUCGUUGCAAAAAGAAUUGCAAAGUGUAUGCAGCCACACACAAUUGGGGAAAAAUUAGUAAAGCCAGCAGCCCUUGAUAUGGUGAGUACUAUCCUCGGAGAUGCUGCAGUGAAAAAAAUUCAAACUAUUCCACUGUCAGAUAACACAAUCAACCGACGAAUUCAAGAGAUGUCAGGAGACAUCAAAGAACAGGUAGUGGCUGCCAUCAAGGAGAGUGGGAAAUUCAGCUUGCAGUUGGAUGAGUCUACUGACGUCAGUGACGAUGCUCAGCUCUUGGUGUAUGUAAGAUACCAAGGGAAGAGUGACAUUGAAGAGAACUUCCUGUUCUGUAAACGACUGGAGACGACAACAACAGGUGAAGAUCUGUUCAAGCUGGUUGAUAACUUCAUCAAAGAAGAGGGACUUAAAUGGGAUCAGUGCUACAGUGUGUGCUCAGAUGGAGCACCUGCAAUGCUAGGGGCACGUCAGGGUUUCACUGCCAGAGUAAAACAAGUCAACCCCACAGUGAUAGUGACUCAUUGUCUGCUCCACCGGGAAAACCUUGCCUCUCGGAAAAUGUCACUUGAGCUUAACACUGUUAUAGAAGAUGUGAUUCAAAUAGUGAAUUUUGUUAAAUCAUCAGCCUUGAAUUCAAGGCUGUUUAGUCAGAUGUGCUCUGAUAUGGGAUCAGAAUAUGAACACCUGCUUUACUACUCUUCUGUCAGGUGGCUGUCCCGAGGGAAAGUGCUCCAGAGGCUGCUUGACAUGCGUGCAGAGGUUGAAAUCUUCUUACACGAGAAGAAACAUGCAUUGGCAGCAAGGCUUACAGAACCAAGGUGGUUGCUUAAACUGGCAUAUCUGACAGACAUAUUUUCGGAGUUGAAUUCGUUAAAUGUGUCUAUGCAAGGAAAAGAUGAAACUCUUAUCUCUGUGUCACAAAAGCUCAAGGCUUUUAAAGCAAAGCUGAGGUUGUGGAAGGGAAAGAUCGAACUGGGGAAAACUGCGUCCUUUCCACUUAUGAACCUUUUUCUGGAAGAUGAAGAAGACGCCUCACUUCUGGACGUACAAAGUGUCAUUUUGGGGCACCUUGAGAAAUUGAUUGAGGAGUUUGACAAGUAUAUUCCGGAUGGAGAGUUGCAUGAGAAGUACAAAUGGUUGUGCAGACCCUUCGAUGUCCAAGCCGAGGACCUUUCAGAAGAAGAGUCUUCUAUCCAAAAUCUGCAAGAGGAGCUCAUCGAGGUGCAACAUGAUAAAACUCUUCGUUUUAAUUUCGAACGACAAACACUAGGUGUGUUCUGGACUGCUGUGAAGAAAGAGAAACCAGUCCUUGGAUGCGAGGCUGUGAAAAUGUUGUUGCCUUUCGCUACAACCUAUUUAUGUGAAUCGGGAUUUGCAGCUCUGACUGCCAUCAAAACAAGAUAUAGAAAUCGACUGCAACCCGAACAUGAUUUGAGGGUAGCACUUUCCAAGACUGAACCACGAAUAGAGAAACUUAGCAACAUGAUCCAGGCCCAAGGCUCCCAUUGAAAUUCAU